UCUCUCGUCCCGGUCAGACCAGUCGUCAGGCAGAGAUGGACGGCGGCGGGGAGCAGCAGGCGGCGGCGGCGGGAAAGGGCGUCGGCGAAGCGGCGCCGGAGGUGACUCUGGAGGAGCUGAGGAAGAGGAUGGCUGACUUCGCCAGGGAGCGGGACUGGGAGCAGUUCCACAGUCCCAGGAACCUCCUCCUCGCCAUGGUGGGCGAGGUCGGGGAGCUCUCGGAGAUCUUCCAGUGGAAGGGCGAGGUGCCCCGGGGCCUGCCGGGGUGGGAGGCCCGGGAGACGGAGCACCUCGGGGAGGAGCUCGCCGACGUGCUCCUCUACCUGGUCCGCCUCUCGGACAUGUGCGGCGUCGACCUGGGCAAGGCCGCGCUGCGCAAGAUCGGGCUCAACGCCAUCAAGCACCCCGUCGGGAAGCGCCACGACACCUCGUCCAAGAAGUUCGCUCGCCGCACCGGCGGCGACGACGUUGGCGGUGGUGCUGGCGGUGAUGACAAGGAGGGUGGUGUUGCCAAGGAGGGUGGCAAACUCUAGGCUUUUGCUAGCUAUAGCAAGGAACCAUUGUGCACAUACAUCAAUAAUCUUGAAUGCGAAAUGUCAAAAUUAAAUGAUGCGCUUUUGGGAAAUGAUAAAUGUGUCCAGUC